UAUCCUUUGAAGAAGGAAACAAACAAGAGUUUGAAGAAGCAGCUUGAAUUUGUCUCUGUGCAGAGCAGAACCCCAUAACAUACAGUUUGAGAGAGAUGGGUAUGAAUUGCGGUGGCGUUGUGGUUCGGUUUGGUUUGUGGGUGGUGGCGAUGUGCAUUGCAGGCUACAUAGUGGCCCCCCCUCUCUACUGGCACCUCAUUGAACUCCUCAACCAUUCCUCUGUUUCUUCUUCUUCUUCUUCUUGCGCUCCUUGCGUCUGCGAUUGCUCUUCCCAACCCAUCAUUACUAUUCCCCAAGGACUUAGCAACUCUUCAUUUGAAGAAUGUGCAAAGCACAAUCCGAAGGUGGAUGGAGACACUGAAAACAAUGUUGCGGAGUUACUGUCGGAAGAACUAACUCUACGGGAAACUGAAGCUUUGAAAAAUCAGCAUCGUGCUGACAUGGCUCUGCUGGAGUCCAAGAAGAUUGCAUCCCAGUAUCAAAAAGAAGCAGACAAGUGUAAUUCAGGAAUGGAAACAUGCGAGGAAGCCAGGGAAAAGGCCGAGAUGGCACUAGUGGCACAGAAGAAGCUCACUGCAUUGUGGGAACUGAGAGCUUGUCAGAAAGGAUGGAAUGAAGGGCUUGCCAAAUCUAAAAAACAGUCUAAAGGGAAAGUACAGACUGCUUAGACUUGGUGUGACCUCCAUCUAGUUAUUGCAUAGUAGUUUCAGCGAAAUGAUAUUUAGUAAUUAGUACUGGUAGUAGCAAAUCAUCACAUAUAGUCUAUAUAAUUAAGGUAUUCAUAGAAAGUCAAAAUUGUAAAAUGGCAAUACAGAUGUCAUUGUAUUUCUAACCUCCAUUUUUGGUACUUAUUACAUAUAUAAGACUGUUGAAAGCAGGAAAGUAUUAAGUUUUUGUGACAAACUUCUUACAUAAGAAAAUUGUGUGCCUAGUUUCUGAAA